GAUCAAGAAAGGUCAGGGCUUGCCCAGCCUAAGCCUAUAUAGGCCCAGCCCACCCCUUAUUUUCUAAUCUUUUUUGCAUUAAUUUUUUGUAAUUUUGCCGAGCUGGUCUAAUAGGGCUAAGGGACAGGAACGACCCAGCCUUCAAGGGAAUAAAGCCUGGCUAGGGCUAGGGCCAAGGCUAGCCCAGCCUAAGCCUAACCUAGCCCUAGCCCGUUGCCGGCCCUACCAAGGACCCUUUAGGGUCACGGAAAUCGAGUUCUUGAUGUGAGGCGCGUCCGAUUCGGAGCUCGAAUUGCUUGCUUCUAAAGCAGGGGCAAAGGUCAAAGAGGAGAAGGUUCCAAAUUCUUACCCACCGUUGACAACGCCACCCCAACCACGAAUUCAAUCUCCAUUACCUGCUACCACUGUAGAGAGAGAGGGAGAGAGCAUACAUGAGAGGUGGGUGCUUUAGUGUAGAGAGAGAGAGGAGAGACCGAUGCUUUAGCAUGUGUUGCCUCUGUAUGAGAGAGAGAGAUCUGUGUUGAUGGUGGAGGUUCAAGGACAAGUUACAGAGUUACCCCAAAGGGAGGCAGGUGAAAUGGGUUUAUAAUAUCUUUGCGAUCGCGUCAGGGUCAAUAUUAAAUUCCCUAUAUCUGUCGCUUAAUUUUAUCCAUUUAUGUCUCGUCUUCUUCUCGCUUCAGCUUUUUUCUUUUUUCUUCUAUAAGAAUACUAUUCUCUCUGACUCGGGAUCCAAUGUUUUGAUGCAUUUCCAUGGAUUUGUGGUUGGAAUCUGCCUCUAGGCCUGAAACCACCAAUUGGGGUUCUCUCAGUUCAGACCUAAUCGAAUUGAUUUUCUCUUACCUUCCCAUAAGGUCCAUCAUCAGAGCUAGAGCUGUGUGCAAGCUAUGGCACUCUUUGAUCACGGAGAAAACCUUUGCGUCUCGUGUUUCGCAGUCAAAGAAACCAUGGUUUUUCAUUUAUGGCCGAAACAAUAUUUUCUUGAAGAAUAACCAGGUUUUUGGUUUUGAUCCAGAGGCUAAUGAAUGGACCCGAUUGCCCACUUACCUCUUUCCUGAACCAAACCAGGAGGAUUCCUUCGUGGGUUCAGGUGGGUUCUUCUUUUGGAGCAAUUCAUCGACUUUUUCUCGAUUUUGUUAUGCCCCCGUGCUUAGUAGUUCAUGGAAAGAGACUGCUCCUCUUCGGUUCUCUAGGUGUAACCCAUUAGUGGGUCUGUUCAAAAAAGGGGGCAAGCACAGGUUUAUAGUAGUUGGGGGAGUCAGAUUUAUAGGUGGGUUGGUUGAUAUUGAGGAUAAAUUGGCGGUCGAGAUUUAUGAUUCGAAUUCGAAUUCAUGGGAGCUUUGCCCCGCUUUGCCCACUGAAUUUGAAUCAGGCAACUCAUCUCAGUCCCUCUCAUCCGCUUUACUCAAUGGAAAGUUCUUUGUUUUUGGGAGAUACUCUUGUUCGAUUUGUUCCUUUGAUCUCGAUCUCCACAUUUGGGACCGGGUUCAAACAUUGAGGCCUCCUGGUGUUGUGUCCUCUUUCCUUAUGGCUUGUGUGGGCCAACUUGUUCUUGCUGGUCUUUGCAACGAUUCUAGUGGUCCUUUGUUCAGGUUGUGGAGUGUUGAUGAGCAAACAAUGGAGUUUGGUGAGAUUGGGGAGAUGCCUCGAGGCCUUUUGUACAGCCUGUUUGAUAGUGAGGAGGAUGACAAAUUUGCGAGCUUGAAGUGUGUGGGCCUUGGGAACCUAAUCUAUGUUUUUAAUGAAGAGCAUAGCAAAAUGUAUCCUUCUUGCGUAUGUGAGAUUGGUUCCAAAUUUGAAUGCAAUUGGAGGAGGGUACCGGACUUGCCAGCUCAUGUGAACCGGUUUCACAAGGUCAUCAGUUUUUGUUCUACGGUGGCGCUUGAAAGCAUUGUGUGAUUCAAUUGAGAUCCUUGAGAGCUCUUCUUGAACAUUGAAAAAGAGGGCUUAUGCUUUUACUAGGAACCAUAUGGAUGGGUCUUAAAACCCUUCUGUCAAAAGGCCUUCAGAAAGAGUAUAGGUGGAGGGGGUUGAUUGGUGGACAAGCUGAAUCUGAUGUCUGAAAAGCUUUUUUCGUAUACAAAAAUAAUUUUGGACAGACUUGACGUUGACUUUUGGACCCAGUAGUAUAUUACUGGAGUACACUAUCAUAUUGUUGGAGCGCCCUAAAAUAAUUAUUGGACCGAAACGGAGUACUGUCGGACCGUCCUUUACAUAGUGUCGGAUCCCUGGAAUUCAGUAAUGCUCGUCUUUGCAACUGUCAGAUCGCCCUAUACACAGUGUGGGAGCCUUACUGCCGGACCGUACUCUAUACAGUGUUGGAGCCUUACUGUCGGACCGUACUUUCGCAUUUACAUAGUGCCGGAGCGCUAUUGCUGGACGGCGCCGGAGCCCUUAUUUUGAUGGGAUAGUUGUUGACGGUGCUAGAGCCCUAUUUUGAUGGGAUAGAGAAGAGAGUUGUAGUAGGAACAUAGCUUGUUGGAAGGCAUGGGUGACAGACAUAGUAUCAACGGUCCCACACCAAUAAUUGAAGGUGAUACAUGGGCUAGAACCCAUGACAUCUUCCGCCCCCAUAAAUCAAAGAACCAGCUGAGGCCAACAAAGCAACAUUAUCCUCCUCCCCAAUGAGUGCUCCUCCAGACCUCAACUUGGGUGGUGGUGCUAGUGGUACCCUUCCCGGCGCAGAGCCACCUCAACCAGCUGCUCACCUUUGCCUGCGUGCUCGAAGAGCAUGGCAUGCCGGUGGUCUUCACUUGCUCUGAGACCCACGCAAGACAAGACAGGCGGCUCACCGCUUCAGUGGCUUGGAUUGCACCUCCCUUCCCAAUCUCUGGUUUCACAUCCUCUCUUUCCCUGAAUUUCCUAAUUUGCCACCGGACCCCGAGUCCCCCAACAAGUUCCCAGGCCACCUCCAACCUGUCUUUGAUGCCACUGAGCAGCUCCUUGGCCCACUUACUACCCUUGUCUGCGAACUCGCGGGCUCCCACCGUCGUGUGGUAGUUGUCGACGAUAUUCUCAUGUUUGUGGCUGCUCAUGCAGCUGCUGAGUGCCCCAAUUCCGAGUCGUACAGCUACCGUUGCAUCAGCGCGUGCUCUGCUGUAUGCUUCCGAGGGAAGAAGAUGACCAUCCAGAGCCUGUCGUGCCUGGCCUGUCACCUCCUAUAUUGCGUGGUUUUAUAAAUGAGAGCUUCAUGGACUUCUUGCCGCGCACUGUGAGGUUCCAACACCUCGACAGGGGAUUGCUCUUCAACACUUCCAAGCCCUUGAAGGCCAGUUCCUGAGCAAGAUGGCAGAGAGAUCGCCCGGUCUCCAUGUUUGGGGAGUGGGGCCGACAGUUCUUUUACAAAGGAGCAUCAAGAGCCACAUAAGUUCCUUGAAUGCCUGCAGUGGUUGGACAAGCAAGCAAUGCAGUCGGUGGUGUAUGUCGCAUUUGGCACCAUUGUAUCAAUGAGUGCAGUGGAGGUGAGGGAGCUAGCACUAGGAUUAGAAGCCAGCGGGCAGCCCUUCCUUUGGGUGCUAAGAUAAGCCGACAAAGGGGAUGUAUUCGCUGGGAGAGAGGCGGAGGGUCCUCGGGGGCUACCAGAAGGGUACUAGGAAAGGGUCCAAGGGAGAUGGUUGAUAGUGAGGGACUGGGCACCCCAAUUGGAGAUACCACGCCACCCCUCCACAGGCGGGUUCUUCACGCAUUGCGGGUGGAACUCAUGCAUGGAGAGCUUCACCAUGGGUGUUCCCAUGGUGGCAUGGCCUAUGCACUCGGACCAGCCAGUGAACCUGCAGUUACUUACAGGGGUGCUUGGGGUGGGGUUGGCGGUGAAGGAGUGGCAUGAGAGGGACGACAUUGUUAGGAGAGAGAGUGGAGAGGGCGGUGAGGAAGCUGAUGGUGUCCGAAGAGGGGGCGGAGAUGAGGAGGAAGGCGGCAGAGCUGAGGGACGCCGCCCGAAAGGCUGUGAGCAAGGGUGGGAUGUCUUGUGCCGCCUUUGAUUCCUUUCUCGAACUUAUCUCUCAACCUUAAGACAAUUCUCGCCGAUAUUCAUUAUUUAGGAUUGUCUACAAAAAGAUAAUUUAUCUGUUUUAUGAGGAGGUCACAAUUAUUCUUGUAUUUCAAAUUUCAAAAUGGGUGGUUAUAAGAGUGUCAUUGAAUAGACACAAAGUUAGAAAAAAAAAAAA